CCCUCUUCCUUCUCUUCUGCACUCUGGGCGACGACGACUCUGACCACUAGCCCCAGCACAUCUUUGCUGCAUCCUGCUUCCCGCGACAAAGAUUCCAAGGACUACAAAGACCACAAAGCUUCUUGCUCUCCCCUUCUCAGUUCCUCCCGCCUGGUGACCUCCCCCGCUCCGGCACCCGCUCCGAACGCGAGCACGACCCCCAGCAGCAAUGGGUAACUGCGUGUCCACCCAGGACCGCGAGGCACAGCUGCGCUCCCAGGAGAUAGAUAAGCAGAUCGAGGAGGACUCGCGCAAGCUCAAGAAGGAGUGCAAGAUCCUCCUCCUCGGCUCGGGCGAGUCGGGCAAGAGCACGAUCGUCAAGCAGAUGAAGAUCAUCCACCAGAACGGCUACACGCCCGACGAGCGCAAUGCCUACCGCCAGACGAUAUACAAGAACCUGCUCGACUCGGCGCACCACAUCAUCACCGCCAUGCGCAAGCUCGGCAUGGACUGUGAAGAUCCAGCGAACCGCGCACGCCUUGAGAAGAUCCUCGACUAUUCCGUCAACCCCGCCCCGACGUUCUACUUUGCGGAGGACAUGGCCAAGGCCAUCUUCGACCUCUGGAAGGACCCCAUCAUUCCCAAGAUUAUGGACCAUAGUAGCGAGUUCUACCUGAUGGACAGUGCGAGCUAUUUCUUCACCGAGGCGCUUCGAAUAGGAACGCCCAACUACAUUCCUACGGAGACGGACGUGCUGCGGGCACGAGCGACAAGUAGAGGCAUCACGGAGACGAGGUUUUCAUUAGGGCCAUUAUCAAUACACAUGUUCGACGUAGGCGGGCAGCGGUCAGAACGGAAGAAGUGGAUACACUGCUUCGAGAGCGUGACGAGCAUCAUCUUCUGCACGGCGCUGAGCGAGUACGAUCAGGUGCUGUUGGAGGAUCGGAAUCAGAAACGAAUGCAAGAGUCGCUCAUCCUGUUCGAGUCGGUGAUCAACUCGCGGUGGUUCCUCCGAACGUCAAUUAUCCUGUUUUUGAACAAGAUCGACGUGUUCAAGAGUAAGCUCCCGAAGGUGCCCCUCGAGCGGUACUUCCCCGAAUACACGGGCGGGCCCGACAUUAACAAGGCGGCGAAGUACAUCUUGUGGCGGUUCAUGCAGGCGAACAGGGCAAGGCUGAGCGUGUACCCACAUUUAACCCAGGCGACAGAUACCUCGAAUAUCCGAUUGGUAUUCGCGGCAGUGAAGGAGACAAUACUGCAGAACGCACUCAAGGAUUCCGGCAUUCUGUGACACCUGCUUGCUCUUUGUCUUCUCCUUUCUCGUCUUUGCUCCGCAGUCCUGGAGGGUUGGAUUGAAUUGUGCUUAGUGUAGAGUCUGUUUCUGUCUGUUGGAUCCGCUCGCAUCGCAUGUUUGCAUCCACACAUUCGUUCCCUUCAAAGUCCCUCCGCGCCUCCCGUCCUAUCACUCAUCGCUCAUCGCCCAUCUCUCAUACUGGUUUGUACGCAUGCUGCAUCUCACGUCUCAUCCCAUCCAUGAUCGACUAUCUGUCUCGUCGUCGCGCUUGCCACUUGUCUGUUCUCGCUGAACACCCUCCACCCGCCUCGGUCAUCGACAUCGCCUGUCUCUAUUGCACGCUUUGCCUUGCCUUCCCACCAUACCUUCUUCAUGUCGCCUGCGGUUAAAGCCUGCACCGACCAGGGUUUUCACACGCUGUCACGGUCGUCAUAGUCUCGCGUUCUUAGACGGGUGAUCCGAUCGUAUAACACGUCCGACGACGACCGAUGUCGUCGAGUCCGUGCGAUGGGAGGCACGUCCGACUUGACGUGUACGCUCUCGCGCGGCCGGAUCCGUCCCCCCCCCCCCCCUCUAUGCCCGACGUCCGAGCGGACAUCCGGUUGGACGCACGUCCCUGACGCUCCGACUACGACGUACAGACCGACGCCCGUCCGCUUUCGUCGACAAGCCAAUUGGCGUCACUGUCCAUUGGAGACUUCGACCAGUUGGCUUACUCGGACAUGUGGCAGCGGGGUCCAUCGGUUCACUCGAACGUGACGCUUGCGCUGCAGGUGCAGAAGCCGGCAACUCCCCUCCUGUAUCUUCUUGCCCAUGCGCUAUCCCAUCCUUCCAUCCGACCCCCAAGAUCUACCUUGCCCGACCUCGUUCCUACUACUACGUUCUCCCGCUCUAGCGAUCUCAGUCCGUCUCCAAGACACUGCUUUCACGGGCUGUGCGUCCUCCAUCCUCCUAUUCCUAUAACUCCCAUUACCUUCCUC